AGAGCUACAACACCCAUUCAAGAAGCUCUUCGUUUCCCACAUCCUUCAGACCAAAAUGGCUGGGGUUAGCAAGUGCAUCAAAUAUUCCAUGUUCGCAUUCAACUUUUUAUUUUGGCUUUGUGGCUGUGUAAUUUUGGGUGUCUCAAUUUGGGUCCGAGUCAGCAAAAAUGUGCAAAAAGAACUGAACAUUGAAGGAGGAAGCUUGCUUGCAGCAGUUGAUCUCAUGAUUGCAGUGGGUGCAAUUAUCAUGGUCCUUGGAUUCUUUGGAUGCUGCGGGGCCAUUAGAGAAAGUCGGUGCUUGCUGCUUCUGUUCUUUAUUGGAUUAUUUCUUAUUCUUGCUCUUCAAAUCACUGCUGGAAUUUUAGGAGUUGUUUAUAAACCAAAGAUUGAUGCACAGUUAACUGAAAGUUUCCAGAAACUUCUCCCAUUAUCUGGUCAAGAUGAGAUUUUUAAGAACAGCUUUGAAACUAUCCAGAAAGAGAAUGAAUGCUGUGGUCUAGUACAUGGCUAUACUGACUGGGGUGCCAAUGUUCCCGCCUCUUGCAACUGUCCCUCAACUGGUAAUUGCGUCAGUUCUGGUGGGAACAAAUACUAUAAAGAGACAUGUUUAAACAUAAUCGCUGACUUCUUCAAGAAGCACCUUGCAAUAAUCAUUGGAAUAGCUUUUGGACUGGCAGCGGUGGAGCUUUUUGGUCUUGGUUUCUCAAUGACAUUGUACUGCCAAAUAGGGAAGAAAUAAAUUAAUCCAAUUUGAAAACUUGCCCAUGGAAAACCUGAUCAGACAGUUGUGGCGCCACCCUACCCAAAAAUGCCAUUCAUUAUCACUGGAUGCUAAUCAUAUAAACAUAUGUUAAUGAACUUAUAUUUUAUGUAUAUGAAAGUUUGCACUGAAUUUUUGUUUUACUACCUUGGAUUUCAAUCCACUAUCUUCAAGAAUUAUGAAGUGAUAAUACUUAGUUCAUCACAUAGACCAUCUACAUUGACAAUGGAACCAUUUGGUACCUUUGCAAACUUAAAAGUCUUAAAGAAAGUUUAUAUCUUUGGGUCCAACAGGUAACUCCCAUUCCAACACAUUGGAUUAAUGUCAUUAUUCUUGGUAUGGAACUUGAAUGUGCAGCACUCCUACUUACUACAUUCUUUAUAAUAAUAACAAUUAACAGAAAGGUGUGUAUAUAACAAAAAUAAAAUAUUUGCU